GAGACGCUAAGAUCUGAAGGCCGCUGUGGUACAUAGAAAGAUGUUACACCAGUGUGUUUAAAAAUAUAUAAAUAUUUUGGAAGGGUAAACAUGAGGGUCCCUGUAUUUGAGGAGGUAAAAGAUGAGAUUGAAGAGGAAAGAACAGGGGAAGACGAAAAUGAAGAAGACAAGGUCUUCCUUAAGCCUGUAAUUGAAGACCUGAGCAUGGAAUUGGCCAGAAGAUGCACUGAACUCAUUAGUGAUAUCCAUUAUAAAGAAGAGUAUAGAAAGUCUAAGGACAAGUGUACUUUUGUGACUGACACGCCUAUGCUAAGCCAUGUGAAAAAUAUUGGCACUUUUAUUUCUGAGGCAAAAUACAAAGGCACCAUUAAGACAGAUCUUUCCAACUCUCUGUAUAAGCAGAUGCCAGCCACAAUUGAGAGUGUUUUUGCAAGAGAAGUGACCCAGCUUCAGAGUGAGGUUGCCUACAAGCAGAAACAUGAUGCUGCCAAAGGAUUCUCAAAUUAUGCCCACAUGAAGGAGCCCCCUGAGGUCAAACACGCCAUGGAGGUCAAUAAACACCAGAGUAAUAUUUCUUAUAGAAAAGAUAUACAGGACACCCACACGUAUAGCGCGGAGCUCGACAGACCGGAUAUCAAGAUGGCAACUCAGAUCUCCAAGAUCAUAAGCAAUAUUAAAUACAAAGAAAAAUUUGACAAUGAAACGAAGGAUAAGAAACACCAAUACAAUCCACUUGAAAGUGCUUCUUUUAGGCAAAAUCAGUUUGCCUCUAUGCUGGCAAGUAAUGUGAAGUACAAGAAAGACAUUCAAAGUAUGCAUGAUCCGGUUUCAGAUCUCCCAAAUGUGUGGUUUUUAGACCAUGCUUUGAAAGUCAGCAAACUGCUCAGUGGACGAGAAUAUAAAAAGGUCUUUGAGGAAAACAAGGGAAUGUAUCAUUUUGAUGCAGAUGCUACAGAACACCUGCACCAUAAAGGCAAUGCCACCCUCCAGAGUCAGGUUAAAUACAAAGAAGAAUAUGAAAAAAAUAAAGGAAAGUCGAUGCUUGAAUUUGUUGAGACACCAUCAUAUCAAGCUUCAAAGGAGGCUCAAAAGAUGCAAAGUGAGAAAGUUUAUAAAGAAGAUUUUGAGAAGGAGAUUAAAGGAAGGUCAUCACUGGAUUUAGACAAGACUCCAGAAUUUUUACAUGUAAAGUACAUCACCAACCUUCUGAGGGAGAAAGAAUAUAAAAAAGAUUUGGAAAAUGAAAUAAAAGGCAGAGGAAUGGAUCUCAAUUCAGAAGUUCUUGAUAUUCAAAGAGCAAAGCGAGCAUCUGAAAUGGCUAGUGAGAAAGACUAUAAAAGAGAUCUGGAGACUGAAAUUAAAGGGAAAGGAAUGCAGGUGAGCACAGACACUCUCGAUGUCCAGAGAGCUAAGAAGGCAUCCGUGAUGGCCAGCCAGAAACAAUAUAAGAAAGACUUAGAAAAUGAAAUUAAAGGGAAAGGAAUGCAAGUGAGCAUGGAUAUCCCAGAUAUACUUCGAGCCAAGAGGGCAUCUGAAAUCUAUAGUCAGAAAAAGUAUAAAGAUGAAGCAGAGAAGAUGCUUUCUAACUAUUCUACUGUGGCAGAUACUCCUGAAAUUCAGAGAAUUAAGACAGCGCAACAAAACAUCAGUGCGGUAUUUUAUAAGAAAGAAAUAGGAGCUGGAACAGCAGUAAAAGACACUCCAGAGAUUGAACAAGUGAAGAAAAAUCAGCAGAAUAUUAGUUCAGUGAAAUACAAAGAAGAGAUUAAACAUGCAACAGCCAUUUCUGAUCCUCCAGAGCUGAGGCGAGUUAAAGAAAACCAGAAGAACAUCAGCAAUCUCCAGUAUAAAGGGCAACACUACAAGGCCACUCCAGUCAGGAUGACUCCAGAGAUAGAGAGAGUGAGGAGAAACCAGGAGCAGCUGAGUGCGGUAAAAUACAAAGGAGGGAUUAUGCAGGGAACUGCAAUUUCUGAUCCACCAGAGCUGAAGAGAGUGAAAGAAAACCAGAAGAACAUCAGCAAUGUGUUUUAUAAAGCUCAGCUGGGAAGAGCUACCGCUUUAAGUGUAACUCCUGAAAUGGAAAGAGUAAAGAAGAAUCAAGAACAUAUUAGCUCGGUAAAAUAUACCCACGACCACAAACAGAUGAAAGGUAGACCAAGUCUGAUUUUAGAUACACCUGCUCUGAGACAUGUUAAGGAAGUCCAAAAUCAUAUUUCAAUGGUAAAAUACCACGAAGAUUUUGAAAAGACGAAGGGGAGGGGCUUCACGCCUGUUGUGGAUGACCCUGUGACAGAGCGAGUGAGGAAGAAUACCCAGGUGGUCAGCGAUGCUGCCUAUAAGGGUGUCCAUCCUCACAUCGUGGAGAUGGACAGGAGACCCGGAAUCAUUGUUGACCUCAAAGUUUGGCGCACAGAUCCUGGCUCCAUCUUCGACAUCGAUCCCCUGGAAGACAAUAUUCAGUCUAGAAGCCUACAUAUGCUCUCCGAAAAGGCAAGUCACUAUAGGCAACACCGGUCCCGAUCUCAUUCCAGCAGUACUUUUGGUACAGGUCUGGGAGAUGACAAGUCAGAAAUCUCAGAGAUGUACCCUAGCUUUUCAUGCUGCAGUGAGGUAACAAGACCAUCUGAUGAAGAAG